AGUGGCAGCAGCAGCAGCAGCAGCAGCACCGCAAUGGCGACGCUUCUCCUCCCCUCCCACGCGGCCAGCCACCACCGCCGCGCCGUCUUCUCCGGCGGCGCGCACCAUCACCCGCUUCUCCAGCCGGACCUCCUCGGGGACGCCCUGCACGCCGCGGCGAGCAGGAGGCGCAGGCCCAUCGCGGUGGCGUGCCGGGCGGCGUCAGCCGCGGCCAGGGCCAAGGCGCCCCCGACCGCGAACGCGGGCCCGCCGCCGCAGGCGCUGGCCAAGGAGGCGCACAAGUACUUCGACCACGCCGUCGUCAGCGUGCGCGCGGGGGACGGCGGCCACGGCGCCGUCCUCAACAUGCCGCCGGGCCCCUCCGCGGACGCGGCCCCCGCCAAGACCCGCGGCGGCGGCGGCAGAGCCGCCGACAAGGGCAAGGCCAAGAAGGGCAGCGGGAAGAAGGUGUCGUUCAAGCGGAACUACGAUGGGUCGGUGUCGCUGCCCGUGGGCGGGCACGGCGGCGACGUGGUGCUCUACGCCGACGAGGCGGAGGAGUCGCUGCUGGGGUUCCACGCCAAGGCCCGGCACUGCGCCAAGAGGGGCGGCAACGUCGGGGCCACCGGCACCCUCAGCUCCCGGAUGCACAACGGCUUCGCCGGGGAGACGCUCAGGAUACCCGUGCCUGUAGGUACAGUUGUGAGGCGCAAGAAAGGGUCUGUUCUUGCCGAUUUGGCUCAUCCUGGUGAUGAGGUGCUCGUCGCUAGGGGUGGACAGGGCGGGAUUAGCUUGAUUGAUGCGCCUGAUUACAAAAGGGGGAAAGCCAUGGCUUUAUCGCCUAAUGUCAUGCGUGAUGUUACUGAUAAGGUAUUAACUCAUGGCCAGCCUGGUGAGGAAAUAAGCUUGGAGUUAAUCUUAAGGGUGGUUGCAGAUGUUGGCCUUGUGGGACUUCCAAAUGCUGGAAAAUCAACACUUCUAUCAGCUAUAACACUUGCAAGACCAGACAUUGCUGAUUAUCCGUUCACUACAUUGAUGCCAAAUCUUGGCCGGCUUGGUGGAGAUCCCACUUUAGGGGCUAUGCAGUUUUCCUCUGGAGCAACAUUGGCAGAUUUGCCAGGUCUUAUUGAGGGCGCUCAUCUGGGCAAGGGUCUUGGUCGCAAUUUCUUGAGACAUUUGAGGAGAACGAGGGUAAUUGUCCAUGUCGUUGAUGCUGCUACUGAUGACCCUGUGAACGAUUAUAAGAUUGUCAGAGAUGAAUUAAGGAUGUAUAACCCCAAAUACCUGGAGCGGCCUUAUGUUGUGGUCCUGAACAAGAUUGAUCUUCCUAAGGCCCAAGAUAGGUUAUCUUCAUUAGCACUUGAAAUAUCUUCAGCAGGCUGUGAAGAAUGCCACGACAACAAUACCAGCAAAGAAAAGCUAAAUGAAAAUUUCAACAGACACCAUAUGUCAGAAGACGAUGAUAAGGAACUUGGGGACUAUCCAAGACCUCAAGCUGUAAUCGGUGCAAGCGUACUGAGGCACAUCGGGAUCGACGAGAUGCUGAAGGAAAUCAGGACAGCCCUGGGAAAAUGCUCCGAUCACAUGUCACCAGGACCAUGAAUCUGAAAGCCUGCAUGCUGGAGCCCUUAACAUCAGUCCAACACCUGGAAAGGAUCGAGCCGGAUUGAAUGGUUCUUCGACAACAGCGUCAGUUGAGUCUGUCCUUGGCUCAUGACGCCGUUGGCAAUUCCUGGAGGACAAAAACUACCAGUCUGAUUGUCCAAAAUCCUGACACGGAGCGCUUCGGUGUCUGCCACGUUAGCUCGAGCACGAGCAGUUGCAGAUAUCCAGGCUACACCUCCAUCUGUAUUCAGUGCUAGAGAUAGAAAUAAAUCAGUUGUGUGAAAUAUUGAAAAACUAAUGGGGACUCAUAUAUAUUCGUGUGCACGUAUUAGUGAAGAUUUGAGAAUCAUAUCUUCCGUACUAAAGGACUAGUAGAAAUUGUCUAUAUGGACUCAUUAAUUGUUCUCUCUGCUUUACUUAUAUAGCUGAGUAACUGACAAAGCUUUGGCCUUUACCAAA